CCAUCAGUACAAACUGCUGCUGAAAGGGAAGUAGGGCUGAAAAUAUAGGAUCAGAGUCAAAUUAGAAAUCUUCAAUGGCAAUAUUGGAACCGAAUCAACUUUCAGAGCUCUUCCUGCCCCGAAUUCUGGUUUUGCAGUUAGAAACGUUUGGGUUGAUAUGGGGCAGAGAGUGAGUUAUUGAGGAAGUUAAAACUUCUGGAAAUGCGUAAGAAGAAAUGAAAGGUUAACGUCCGACCUACUGUGCAUGUCUUCAACUCGAUUGUUAACCAAAAAAAGAUUAUAAGUACCACAGCAUUGGUGCAUUUUAAUAAUUGCAAGAUACUUCGCUGAUAGGGUUUUGGUUUUGCUGCGUUGUUUUAUUUCUUCUCUCUUGAAUCUUGUGUGAAAAAUCUGACUCCAGCUCCCAGAGCUGCCUGCAGUGAUCACGUGUCCGCAGCGCCGGCUCCGCCAUUGACUUCCCGGUCAGCCGGAGCCUGAGCCCUGAACCUCCAUCUGCUGCUCCACAAUGGUUUACUACUUCACCAGUAAUGUUGUUUCUUCACCAUAUACAAUAUAUAUGGGAAAGGAUAAAUAUGAAAAUGAAGACCUAAUAAAGUACGGGUGGCCAGAAGAUGUUUGGUUUCAUGUGGAUAAAUUGUCUUCAGCUCAUGUAUACCUCCGACUAUACAAGGGUCAGGCAAUUGAUGGCAUCCCCAAGGAAGUACUAAUUGACUGUGCUCAACUAGUAAAAGCCAACAGCAUUCAAGGAUGCAAAAUGAACAACAUAAAUGUUGUGUACACUCCAUGGUCUAAUCUGAAGAAGACUGGUGACAUGGACGUGGGACAAAUAGGAUUCCACCGACAAAAAGAGGUAAAGAUAAUUACAGUAGAGAAAAAGAUAAAUGAAAUUUUAAACCGGUUGGAGAAAACCAAAGAUGAGCGAUUCCCAGAUUUGGCAGCGGAAAAAGAAUCCAGGAACAGAGAGGAACAGAAUGAGAGAAAAGCACAGAUUCAAGAGAUGAAGCGAAAGGAAAAAGAGGAGAUGAAGAAGAGAAAAGAAAUGGAAGAUCUUAGAUGCCCCUUAAACCACCCUUCUUUGGCGAAGAUUUUAGCCAUUUGCCCUUACAUGGCUCAGUAUCAAAUUUUGCUUUAUAAUGCUCCUGUAAAGCACUUGGGACAUUUUGCUGCAUUAAAGGCCCCAUAUAAAUGUGCUAUUCUACACUUAUGAAAUCUGAAAACAUGAGCAGCAAUCAGGAUUGUGGUUAUGACUCUGAUGAUUUCAUGUAAAGUCCAAUGGAUGUUAAGUUAUAGACAUUUUGAAAUGGAGGUGCAGGCCUGCCAAAAAUUCUCUUUGCUUUUGACUAUAAUUGAUUGCUGGACCAGUACCACUGAGUUACAAGAUAUCAACCUGUGAUCAACCAAGUGGAAAAUGACAUUUGUAAAUUUUUCUCCAUUUGAUUUGAAAUUUGAACGUGAAAAUGCAAUUUUGAAUUGAGCUAUGCAUGGGUGCUUUGAGGGAAUGGCUUAUUGCUAGGAGUAUUAUAGCUCGACUUUUUAAAACACGAAGGGAGUCAAUUAAAAUAACAGAAGUCUCAUCCAUAAAUAUGUAGAUUAUUUGGGUGAUGUUCACAAGAAUUUAUGGUUUGAUUUAUGUUGUAACUGGCAUAAAGUUCAAGCAGUGAGAGAUUAUCUACAUGAAAUGUCUUGUCUCUUUGUGCUUAAAAGUCAAAUAGGCAACUAACUCUGAAUUACACUGUUAUAUUUGUUUUGGAUCCACUUAGCAUUGGUGUAAAACUGCAGUAUGAGUGCACCCUAAGUGUGUAUAACUAAAAAGAAUUGAAAUAAAAACACUUGAAAAUAGAUGAGUGAUGCAGCUGAAAUGUUAGCCCAUCUUUGCUUCAUAGAUGCUGAUUAACCUGGUGUCUUUCUAUAAUUUUCCUGAAAUGUUUUUAUACAAAAUUAUCAUUUGUCUAAUUCCUUGUUUCAGGAUUGUGGUUAUGACUCUGAUUUUGUGUGAAGUCCACUGGUUGCUAUGUAAUAACAUUUGAUGUGUUUAGUCUCUUUUCAUUCCCUCCAAACUAGAUAUGUGACUUGGAUCUUGGUAAUAUGGCCUACAAAGGCAGUAAGAGCCCCCCGAUUUACAUUGUGGUGUAGCCACAUGUUAAGACAUACUGUAAAUUUUAUUUUGAGUUGUUGAACUUUAUCCUGAACACAAUGAAAAGAAUAAACACCUGAAAACAAAAA